AUGCAUCUUUCUACAUUGCUCCUCCCCCUCCUCCCCACCGCCGCCCUCUCCGCAAUCUGCUACCCCGAGACCGGCGGCUCGAACUGCGCCUCGCUCCCCAGCAUCAAAGAAUUCUACUCCCUUCAAUACUGCACCUACCGGUGGAACGUGCUUUACGGCGACUGGGACCACUUCGUCAACAACGCGACCAGCCCGACGAAGGUGCACGCCAGCGUGGGUAAGACGGGCGUGUUUGAUAGCUUCGAGGACUGUCUUAAUGGGUUUGAGGAUGUCGUGGAGACCUGUCAUGGUGUUAGUCAGGGUGGGGUUAUGACCAAUGGGAAUGUUAGUCUUAAUGUGCAUUUUUGUGAUUGGUAG